AUGUUAUCCACAAGUGCGAAAAAUUCCAAUGAGAAAUCCCAUUUACAAUUUUUCAACGAUCCUUUUAUUUAUGCAUCUUUGAUUAAAGCUUGUAACAAAGCUCAGGCUUUUCGUGAGGGUAAGUCAAUACACUGUUAUAUUGUGAAGCUUGGCCUGGAUUAUAAUGUGAAUAUAUUGAACAGUCUUUUGAGUUUUUACAUGGGUUUUGUUAAUUUAAUGAGUUAUGCCGAUGUAAUGUUUGAUAGAAUGUCUGAGAGAAGUGUUGUUACAGUUAAUAGUAUGAUAUCUGGGCAUGUAAAAAGAGGAAAUCUUGAAGUGGGUUUGAGUUUGUUUAUUAAAAUGUUGAGGGGUUGUUUUGGUACGAAUGUAGAGCCUAAUUAUGUUAGUUAUGUUAUUUUGUUAUCUGGUUGUGUUGAUUUUGGGGAGCUCAGUAUUGGAAAUGCACUUUACUGCUGUUGCUGCAAAGCUGGAUUGGAUUUGAAUGUUGAGAUAUGCAAUGUGCUUAUUGAUUUGUAUGCUAAGUUAGGAUGCAUUUAUGAUGCUUUGGGAGUGUUUAAUAACAUGCCUCACAAGGAUUUGAUUUCAUGGAAUACUAUGAUUUCAAUGUAUGCUAAUAAUGGAGAUUGUAUGAAAGCUUUAGCAUUGUUCAAAGAAAUGAGGAGUAAGAAAAUAGAAGCUGAUAGAGUUUCCUAUAGUAGCUUGGUAUCAGCUUGUGCUUCUUCUCGAUAUCUCAAAUUGGGGAGAAGCCUCAUGCUAGUUGAGAAAGCUUGGAAAGUUGCAGGAAGUUCUGUUUAUUUGCAAUAG